AUGGAGCAAAUUCCCUUUAUUUCAUCCCGAAUUGCAGAACUCGAAUCCAUAAUUAGUGAGAAAAAGCGCAAUGUUGCACGUCUUCAAGCACAACGUAAUGAUCUUAACAAGCAAGUUCGUGAUUUGAAGGAUGAAAUUUUCCAUCUUCAAGAAAAUCCUUCAGAAAUUGCAGAACUCGUUCGUAAAGUCGGCAAAAAUAAAGCACUCACAUCUAAUAACCAUGAAGGUAAAUUUUUGGUUACAGUUGACGAUGAAGUUGAUAUUACAGGAUAUCCAUCAGGCACACGUGUUGCACUUCGUUCAGACACAAUGGUUCUUCACCGUAUCCUUCCUACAAAAGUUGAUCCACUCGUUGCUCUUAUGAAAGUCGAUAAAGUUCCAGAUUCAACCUUCGAAAUGAUUGGUGGCUGCGACCGCCAAAUUAAGAUGAUCAAGGAAGUUAUAGAGCUUCCUAUCAAGCAUCCAGAAAUUUUCGAAUCCCUUGGUAUUCCUCAGCCAAAGGGUGUUCUUCUUUACGGUCCACCAGGCACAGGUAAGACACUUCUUGCACGUGCCGUCGCUCACCAUACAGAUACUACAUUCAUCCGUGUCUCCGGAUCCGAAUUAGUCCAGAAAUAUAUCGGUGAAGGUGCUCGUAUGGUCAGAGAGCUUUUCGUCAUGGCUCGACAGCAUGCACCAUCCAUCAUCUUCAUGGAUGAAAUCGAUUCAAUCGGUUCUGCUCGUGGUGCAGGUGCAAGAUCUGAUACAGAAGUCCAGAGAACAAUGCUCGAGCUUCUCAACCAACUCGAUGGUUUCGAAGCUUCUAAUAACAUUAAAGUUAUCAUGGCUACAAACCGUAUUGACUCUCUCGAUUCGGCUCUUUUGAGACCAGGUCGUAUCGAUAGAAAGAUCGAGUUCCCCAACCCAGGUGAUGCUGGCAGACUUCAGAUUCUCCGCAUUCACAGCCGCAGAAUGAACCUUCAGCGCGGUAUUGAUCUUAAGAAGAUCGCAGCUGACACUAGCGGUGCUUCUGGUGCUGAACUCAAGGCUGUCUGCACUGAGGCUGGUAUGUUCGCCCUUAGAGAAAGAAGAGUCCACGUGACACAGGAAGAUUUCGAAAUGGCUGUCUUCAAGGUAACUAAGAAGGACGAUAAGCGCUCUAUGAGUAUCAAGCAGAUGCUCAAAUAA